AUGAACAAUGUUUUAGGAUCUCAUCGACAAGCAUCUAGCUCAGUGGUGUCAAACUACAUCAAGUACAAAUACACUUCUUCACGUACAAUAUACACUUCUAAUGAUAUCUCAAAUGACAUGUUACACAAAUAUGAAGUAUCGGUGAAUUAUAUGAAGACAUGGAGGUCACGCGAGCAGACAUUAAAAUUGAUUAGAGGUGAUCUAACAACAUCGUUUCAGUUGCUACCUUCUUAUUUUUUUAUGUUACAAGAGAUGAACAUAGGGACGGUCACACUAAUAGAAACUGAUCAUUUAGAUAGAUUUAAAUAUUGUUUUAUGGCUUUGGGUGCAUCGAUUGCUCGUUGGAAAUAUUGUAGGUCAGUCAUUGUUGUUGAUGGUACAUAUUUAAAUGGCCACUACGGGGGUACACUCUUUACCGCUUGUACACAAGAUGCAAAUAACAAUAUUUUCAUACUAGCUUUUGGGAUUGGGGAUAAUGAAAAUGAUAAGUCAUGGAGAUGGUUUCUUGAGAUGUUGAAGAGGGCGUACGGAUCUAGAGACGAAUUUUCUCAUUAUGCAAAAUCAGGUCAUAAUGUCAUACAUGCAUUCAAUUCUGCUGUAAGAGUUUAUACAGUUGAUGAAUUUGAAUACCAAAUGCAGCAAUUGGACUCGGUAAAUGAAGAUAUCAGGGGAUAUUUGCUAGAUGUUGGAUAUGAAAAAUGGUCAAGAUUGCACAUGCCAACCAAUAGAUACUCUACUCUAACAUCAAACAUAGUAGAAUCUAUUAACGCAGUCACGAAGGCGGCAAAAAAUUACCCCAUUGAAGCACUUCUAGAAUCAUUGAGGCAAACGGUCCAAUCUUGGUUUUGCAAAAAUAGAGAUGGCGUGCAUGGCACUUUCACAAAGUUUGCAACAAAAUAUGAGAAGUUGUUAAGGGAAAUGAGCAAUGAUGUGAGAAAUCUAAAGAAUGUUUCAAGUGGAUCAACUUCUCUGUCUACAUGCACUGGCAGUAAUAGCAACAUUGAAGCUAAACAAUAUGUAAGUAAUAGAGUUGUCUUUGCUCUAAACCAAAAGAGAAGUUCUGACGGCCUAUUGAGAAGAGAAAGAAGUCAGCAUAUGAAAAAUCACAAGUUGUGA